CGCAAGUUCCAAAUCUGUCGGAAACGAGAAGGAGACGGAACCAAAGGCAGCUGAACUGGUCAGAAUCAUGUCGGGGUUCCUGGACAGCAUUAGGUGUGGAGACUGCGAAUGCAAUGUGGACUGGGGAGAGAAGAGAAACACCAUUGCCUCAAUAGCUGCGGGAGUUCUGUUCUUCACAGGUUGGUGGAUCAUCAUUGAUGCCGCUGUAAAGUACCCAGAGGAGGAGAAGUUCCACCAUGCCUACCACACGUGUGGGGUCAUAGCCACUGUGGCAUUUCUAAUGAUCAAUGCAGUCUCCAAUGGACAGGUGAGGGGCGACAGCUACAGUGAAGGAUGCCUGGGACAGACAGGUGCCAGGGUAUGGCUUUUCAUCGGCUUCAUGUUGGCGUUCGGAUCCCUCAUCGCCUCCAUGUGGAUCCUGUUUGGCGGUUUUGUUGUCCCUCAGAAAGAAGUUGUGUACCCUGGGAUUGCAGUUUUCUUCCAGAAUGCUUUCAUUUUCUUUGGGGGGCUGGUCUUCAAGUUCGGGCGUACGGAGGACCUGUGGCAGUGAUGAUGCUUCAGUGGGCUCUACAGCGCUCCUCGUCUCCCUCCCUCCCUCCUUCCUGCCAGCUGGCCUCCUGCUUUUUCAUUCCGUCUGAUCAAACUGGUCAGGCAAAAAAAAAAGAAAAAAAGGACCAUAGAGGGUGUUUGGCGGUGAACGUUCACUUGUUACAGUGUGGAACCUGUUUGAUCCCCUGUCAUAUCUGUGGUCUUUUUUAGAAGAAGAUAGGAGGCCAGGGUUGUUUUUUGUAUUUAACUCACGCAGGCUUGGGUUUGUUGCUUACCCUAUAUUCCAUACCAUGGUUUGUAUUUUAUUUUUGCUAGGUGCAGGCCUAGAGAACGGAUACAAUGACAAUAAGCAAACAGAAUGACAUGAAAUUACAGUCAGGGGCUGGAUUUGUUAUGUGUUAUGAAAGCAAACGAAGCAGAGUUAUAAAUAGUGAAAAACAUCCUAUACUUUGCCAUACUAACUGCAAGAAAGCUGACUCUUUCUUUCUUAUUUUAUCUCUUUUUAAAGACACUACAUCAGGGUUAUUUGUUUAUCCUUCUUCCGUUUAACAUUUUAAAGGGAAUGGUUUUGAAAAUCACCAAGCUGGAACGUCUGUGAAUGGAUUUUCGAUUGAGAAUGUUACAGGAUCGCCCUCUUCUGCAUAACAUGUUACCCUUGGCUGAAAGCAUUGUGCUCUAGCCCAUAACUGAUUUGUGUUCAUAUCAGAAAAUUCAGUCCGUAUAUUGUUCACGUCAGUGGAUACAUUAUUUAUAGAAUGGUAUGUGAUGGCUUAAGCAAAAACCAUGUGGCAUAAUGUAAAAAGCACAAUUUGAUAUCUAUGGUUUUGCGGAAAAUUAAAAGGAGUCAUGUCUGAAA